AUGGCGCGCGCGUUAUGUUGUCUCUGCGCUUGCGUCGUUUUAUCUUUAAACGUUGCGUUGGUGACCGCUCAAAAUGGACAUUCAAUCUUACCUGAAGAUGCUGUUAUGAAAAAAGUGGAACUGAUUCAAGGUGUAUCCAUGAAGAUACCUCACAAUGACACGGAGAAAUUGUUUUCGUUUGAAAUCAAUACGAAACAAAGUGCUGGCGAAGGUCGAGGAAAACAGAAGAAACUCAUGGAGCGUAUCCUGCCCUUAUUCAUCAUGCCAUUCAUCAUCCAAUCAACAAUAGUCCCGUUAUUUUUAAGUAUGCUAAAAUUUAUGCUAUUUAAAGCUAUGAUGGUUGGAAAAGUAGCUCUGGGUUUGAUUAUACUGAAUGCUUUCAAAAAUCACAAUACAGUGAAGGGACGGGACGCCGAAAUGGCUGAAGUUCAUUAUGGGUAUCAUGGAAGUAAUAUUGAAUAUGGAGCCUAUAUAAACUGAUAUUCCUGUUUAGAAAUUGUGAAUAGAC